GUGACUCAGCUGGCUCCCUUACCGGCACAGACAGCAGCACACAUUUACACGGAGGCACCCGCGGGCGACAUCGAGCCAUGGCUUUCUCAGACCUUACAGCUCUCCAGAAAGCCAGCUGAAGCGUGAAUUUCACUUGCUUCAAACUCCGCCCAAUGGAGUCUCGUUUCGCCACCACCGCCAGCCCUGCCUGCAGGAGUCCAGCCCCUCCUGGCCUGCUGCGUCCCAACCCUGCGUCUGACGUGAACGACCAUCACUACAAUGUCUCUGCUGGCGGCGCUGACCCUGGACCUGGACCUGACCAUGCUCCCAGCUAGCACUGCAUCCUGCAGGCCGGAGCUGCUCAAGCACCGGCCCCACGCCGGUCACUACGAGCUGCUAACCGGACCUGUAGAUGAGGGCUUUGCCCUCAGUAUGGAGCGCCCACUACUAUCAGGCGAUGGCUACUCAGACUGGAUGACGGAGCGCACGGACCUGGCCACGCUCCUGAGCGGGUCAGGGGAGUCCUUGCCGCUCUCACUGCCCUCCCCUCCAACUCCGGACCUGGAGGCCAUGGCUUCGCUGCUCAAGAAAGAGUUGGAGCAGAUGGAGGACUAUUUCUUGGAAGAGUCGCUCUCUCCUGAUCAGGUAGCGCCCAGCACGCCCCCUUCUGAGGGGAAUUUCCACUUUCCUUUCGGGGAUGGGUUCCAGCCCUUGGAGCACCACACCACGCCUGCCCCCCUGCAGACCUUGGAUUCGAGCUGCUUAGAGCUGUUAGAACUCUAUGGUAGAGAUGGCCCCGCCGAGCUUCCUCUGCAAAGCAGUGAAGUACCCACCCCAUUACAACGCCCGCCUACCCUACCACCAAAGGGGGACAGGCGUCAGAAGAAGCGGGACCAGAACAAAACAGCGGCCCUGCGGUACCGUCAGCGCAAACGGGCUGAACACGAGGCCCUAGGGGAUGAGUGCCAGGCCCUGGAGGCGCACAACCGCGAGCUACGCGAGAAAGCGGAAUCUAUCGAGAGAGAGAUCCAGUAUGUCAAGGAUUUACUUAUCGAGGUCUAUAAGGCACGGAGCCAGCGCCUCCGCACCACCCCUUAGAAGCAGGGAGCUGCAAUCCUCUUUUGUUUUCCCCACCCGUCCAGAAACAGAGCCAAAACCUUAGAGGGGGCACUGGAUAUGGUCGGAACUUCGAGGAAGCUGCACUUAUUUGCGGAACUCAAAGUAAAGGGGGCACUUAUGUGAAUAAGACUGAGGAAGCAUGUAGGAGUAAAGUUGGGGAGGCAUUGGGAAUCAGUAGCCUGUGUGGUAACGUGAGUGGCUAUAUGAACUAUGCAAGAAAAAUUCAGAGUCAAGUGGGGCUACUAAACUCUGGGUAGAUCAGGGUGAAGGGUAAAUGGAUUUCAUUUGGAUAAACAUGGUACUGCUGAGGUAAGAGAGGCUGAGGGCCCCAGAUUCCAGAAUUACUACCCCAGAGUAAGAGAGUCCCAGAUUCAUGACAGCAGGUUUGGGGUUUCUAGAGGAUAGGCGGUAUGGGGUCUCUCUCUCUCUUCCCCCCCUUUCUUCCCACUUACCUGGUAAAAGUCAUAGUUCCAAGGCUAUUCUGCAUGUACACUUUCAUAGCACUGCAUUUUUUGCGCUUUACCUUUAACACCAACUGUACACCAACCGACGCGAUUUUAACCACCCA